GGGAAGGGAGACAGGCUGAGCUGAUUCCACGUGUGACGCUUGCAUUCCCAGCUCAGUGAUAUUUUCUUUAGCGGGCUUCGGUGUAGCCUUGUGCGUCUUCGUUAGUUACUGGCUAUAGUUGGGUUAGCUAUGGAGGGAGACGGGAGCCAAGCCACAUCUGGAGGAAGUCCUAAUGAUUCUCAACACGACCCGGGUAAAAUGUUUAUCGGUGGCCUCAGCUGGCAAACUUCGCCAGACAGCCUUAGAGACUAUUUUACUAAAUUCGGGGAAAUCAGAGAAUGUAUGGUGAUGAGAGAUCCAACGACAAAACGCUCCAGGGGCUUCGGAUUCGUUACUUACGUAGAUGCUGCCAGUGUAGAUAACGUCUUAGCUCAGCAACACCAUGAAUUAGACUCAAAAACGAUCGAUCCAAAAGUUGCCUUCCCUAGACGUGCUCAGCCCAAGAUGGUCACAAGAACAAAGAAAAUAUUCGUAGGAGGAUUAUCAGCAAACACAGUAGUUGAAGAUGUGAAGCAGUAUUUUGAACAGUUUGGCAAGGUGGAGGACGCCAUGCUUAUGUUUGACAAAACGACUAACAGACACAGAGGUUUCGGCUUUGUAACUUUCGAGGUUGAGGACGUUGUGGAGAAAGUAUGCGAGAUCCACUUUCAUGAAAUCAAUAAUAAAAUGGUAGAAUGCAAGAAGGCUCAGCCCAAGGAGGUGAUGUUCCCGCCAGGUACGCGAGGCAGGGCCAGGGGCCUGCCCUAUACCAUGGAUGCCUUCAUGCUGGGGAUGGGCAUGCUGAGUUACCCAAACAUUGUAGCAACGUAUGGCCGUGGAUACACUGGUUUUGCCCCGAGCUACAGCUACCAAUUCCCUGGUAAGUUCCAUCUUGUUAGGCACUGUGUGCUUCUCUGCCUGCCUGCUGGGGUGGGGUAAUGGACCCCCUGUUG